AUGAAGCUUUCCAACAGCCUUCUGCUGCUCACAGGCACAGCUGCCCAAGCGGCCGUGCUCUGGGAUGGCCGCUUCAAUGACCUGUCCUCGGCCGCCGACCUCAACACCUGGUCUUGGUCCAACCAGGUCGGCCCCUACCAGUACUACAUCCACGGCUCUGGGACCGUCAACAAGUACAUUGCUCUGUCGCCCAGUUACAAGAACCCCAACGACACCGUGAGCAAGCAGGGCGCGCGCUUCACGCUCGACUCGACGUCGUUUUGGAACGGCCAGACGAUGCGCCGCACGGAACUGAUCCCCCAGACAAAGGCGGCCAUUGCCAGCGGCAAGGUGUUUUACCACUUUUCCGUUAUGCGCAAGGACACCAACGCGCCGAGCGUCAACCGCGAGCACCAGAUCUGCUUCUUUGAGAGCCACUUUACGGAGCUCAAGUACGGCUGGAUCAGCGGCGAGCAGGGCACGAGCAACCCGAACCUGCAGUGGAUGGUGAGCCAAAAGAGCCAGUGGAAGACGGAGUGGAAGCCGGACGUGUGGCACAAUGUGGCGUACGAGAUUGACUUUUCCGGCAAAGUCGGCUUCUGGCACUCGGAGGGCGGCGAUCCGCUCAAGCAGGUGGUGGCGCCCGUGUCGGUGUCUGCCUCGUCCAACGGCGCCGAUUGGCACCUGGGCGUCCUGGAGCUGCCGCGCUCGGGCUACAACGACGCCAACGAGGACUUUUACUUUUCGGGCGUGUACAUUGAGUCAGGCCCUAUCACCACAACCAUCGGCGGCCCGGCGGCUUGA